AUGACUUUUUCACUUAUUAUUUUGGAUUUUACAGGCUUGUCGUGGAAAUGAUUACGAUCCAGGAAUAAGCAUUUUCUACAACAUUUUGGCAUCGGAUUUGUUUCCUAGGGUAUGGGCGCAGCCACAGGGGAAUAGCUUGCAGCACAUGCGUGAAACAGUACAGUCUUUCAAAAUCCCAGUGAAAGCGGACUUUUUAAUUGCUUAUUCGACAUCACCAAAAUUCAUAGCUUGGAAACGAAAUGGAAAAGGAUCAUGGUUCAUCCAAUCCUUAUGUGAAGUAUUAGAAAAGAGAGCUGAUGAUUCGGAUUUACUUUCAAUGCUAACUGUAGUUUGUCGGAAAGUUGCUUACGAAUAUGAAAGUCUUGAUACAGGUAGUACAGAGACAGAUAACAAGAAACAAGUACCUUCCACGUAUUCAACUUUGACAAAAAUGGUGAAAUUUCCGCCAAAGAAAAAUUAGAUGAAAUGUGGCUGCAAUCUAUAUUUCAGCCAAAGAAAAAUUCAAUGAAAUGUGGCUACAAUCUAUUCAAUCUACAAUUUAUAUAGAAAUAAAUUACUUGCACUU